AUGAGUUUCGCUGGUGCGCUCCCACUCAAGGCGGUGGCUCCUUUCUUCCAUGCUUCCCCUCCAUCGUCCGCCAUGGCCGAUCCAUACCAGACGCUCGGAGUCAGCAAAAACGCCUCUGCCGCCGACAUCAAGAAAGCCUACUAUGGCAUGGCGAAGAAAUACCAUCCCGAUACAAAUAAGGAAGCCGGUGCAAAGGAAAAGUUUGCUGCUGCGCAGUCCGCAUACGAAAUCCUGUCAGACGCGGAGAAAAAAAAGGCCUUUGAUUCCUAUGGCGCCGGCGCCUUUGAUGCAAAUGGUGGCUUCAACCCUGGGGCUUCUGCGGGAGGGCCUGGAGGAAAUCCGUUUGGGGGAGGCUUUGGAGGAGGCUUCGGUGGUUUUGGUGGGUUCGGUGGCGCUCAAGGUGCGGGGGGGUUCCAGGACAUCAAUUUUGAGGAUCUAUUCGGUGCUUUCACUGGAGGCAGAAGAGGAAGAGGUGGCGGUGGGGGACGGAACCCAUUUCAGCAAGAGUCGGUCAUGGUGGGUGACGAUAUCGAAGUACAAACAAACAUCUCAUUCUUGGAUGCGGCGAGAGGUGUUAAAAAGGACAUAUACGUUACGCCCAUGACAGAAUGCGGAACAUGUAACGGCAGUGGGUUGAAGCAGGGCGCAAAGAGAGCAGAGUGCAAGAGCUGUGGAGGCAGUGGGCAACGGGUAACAAGCAUGGGCGGCUUCCACAUGAGCGCAACCUGUUCAUCCUGCGGCGGAUCUGGAUUUGCGAUACCCCGGGGUUCGUCUUGUGGCACUUGCGGAGGCGAUGGCGCGGUCAAGGAACGAAAGACCAUCACAAUCGACAUACCUGGUGGUGUAGACGACGGCAUGCGGCUGCGCGUCAACGGCGAGGGAGAUGCACCACUCACUGGCCAAGCCAUGUCUUCCGGAACUAUUCGCGGCCAAAAGGGAGACCUCUACGUGCUUAUCCGUGUAGCCGCCGACUCCAAGUUCAGACGCAGCGGCUCUGAUAUCCUACACACCGCAACUAUUCCACUCACUACGGCCGUACUGGGAGGCGAGAUCAAGGUCCCGACGCUAGACGGCGAAGUCAAGGUUAAAGUACCCACAGGCUCAGGAACCGGCGACCACGUCACGCUAUCAGGCAUGGGCAUGAAACAAUUGACUGGCCGGCGCAAUGGCAAGGGUGACUUGCGCGUAGAGUUCAAGGUCAACAUGCCCAAGUACCUCAGUGUCAACCAGCGCACCAUCUUGGAAAUGCUGGCAGAUGAAAUGGGAGACAAGAACGCACAGCGAGUGAUCAACCCAGGCAAGACCAAGGACUCAGCGGGGAACCCCAUGAGCGGACAUGAAAACGAGGGCUUCUUGAAGAGCGCCUGGCACAACCUGACAGGGCAGCACAGGCACCUAGACCCCGAGGAGAGGCGCAAGGCGGAAGAGGAUGAGAAGAAGAGGGGGUCUGGCUAA